AUGAACCAUAUAAAGGUAUACGGAUGCAGAAGCGUGACGAAUGUGUUUGCAAAAAAUAAAGAAAUUAAUGAAUAUAUAAAUGUUUUACAAUACGUGGAUGCCUCAAAUGAGGGAGCUAGCCAUUUUCAUGUUUUCAUUUUUGACUACUAUGACAAUGUCGCAAGGGAAGGAGUACCCAAUGAUGAGAAAGUUCCUCCACGUAGAGAAGGACAUACUCCCUUUUUGAAUACCCAAUAUUGGGAAGGGGAGGGAGAUACCAAUAACCCUCAGGGAGGCAUAUUUGGACACAAAAAUGUCGGCGAACAGAAAAGUGCGCACACUUCCCCAGUGCGUGAAGAACAAACGAGGUGUGGCGAGAUGUUCAUUUUUUACGAUGUUGUAUUUGACCCUAAAUUGGUAAGGAGCGCGUUAGGGAUGGACAUAUAUGAGCGAUCAAUGUGUGCCAACACUGUAGAAAUGUCCGAGGAGAAGCUAAUACUAUGCAGACGUCCUAGUGAUGAAGACGUAAAAGAGGACGUCGAAGUGGAGAAGAUGAAUGCAUCCUUUUAUAACGACAAUGGAAACAACUCUAAGUUGAAAGAAAUUUUGGAAGCCUUGGGUAUGGAAAGUUUCAGCUCCUUCUCAGGGACUCUCCUAAAAUUUCCCUUAACUUCGCAAGCGUGUAUGCACGAAAUUUGCGAGCAGUUAAUAAAAAUCACAACCGAAUUUAUCCUCCUGUCGCUGAAGGUAGAGAGGUUUAAAGUUCAGAUGAAUGAUCAUUCGGUGUGCACCUGGGAGAGAACCCAGAACAGUAUCCCCAUUUCGCAUAUGGAAGGUGAAUCACACUUAGUUAAUAGAAUCCCCUACGUUACUGUGCGUCGUAAGCACAAAGACGAAAUGACAGAGUAUAUUCUCCAUGCGAAUGCGAUAAAAAGUAGCAGCCAAGAGGAAGAAAUAUACUUUAUCCAUGUAAGUGGCCAAAUGGGAGGAAGAUCACAAAAGUGUACCGCCAUUGAUGCGUCUCAGAGGGGGGGAGGUGUUAAUUGGCCGAGCUACAUACACACCGUGCAGGGUGUCGUCCCAAUGCUUAUAAAAUCGAAGAGUAGAAGGAGAAUCCAAAUGGUGGAUAUCACAAAGGGGUGGAGAGCAGCUGCCAUAUGUGAUCUUUACAUGGAAUUUUUGCUACUCCUCCGUGAGUUGAACCUAUCCUGCAGUGCAUAUGAUUUUUUGUUCCAUUUUCCAGACACUUUAGAGGCCGAUACUUUUUCCUCCCUGUACAGACAACUAUUUGAAGAAGAGAAAAAAUUAAAACUUUUCUUCAAUGGGUAUCAUUGGAUGGGAUUCUCUGAAUGUGUAUUCAUUCCGUACGACUUGAAAGAUAUUUUUGAGAAUUGCAUCUCCGACAUUGUAAAACAUUCCGAUGUGAAGAAUUUACUCUUUUUUGACGAGCGGGUGAAGAACGCUUUGUUCAGUUAUUUGAAUACCCUAUGUGAGGAAAAAAAAAACGUAUUGGCUGCAAAAAUUUGUAAGCGAAAUUUGCUGUAUAUAGAAAAUGUCCCUGAUAAAUUCAGACGAGCGGAUAGGCACAACAUAGAUGAUGAAGUGGUAAAAAAAACUUAUCAAAAUAGGACAAAUAAAUUCUUUUGCGAAGUAGUCAUACAAAAUGCUGUCUAUGUGCAGUUCCAAAAUUGGGUUCCCAUUUUGUCCCAUUUGUUGGAGGUGGGGGAACACUCCAUAUUUGCAUGUCUCAAAAGUUCGCCUUGUUUCCCAAAUGAAGAAAAGGUGUGUAAGAGGCUAAGCGAAUUGGUGUACCCCCUGGACAACAAAGAUUUCUACGGGAUGGACAAUCAGGCUUGUAAUCAAAAUGGCGUAGCACUUAACAUGAAACCAGGCGAAAAUGAUGAAAAAUGGAGUCUUACGCAGGGGGAAAAUCAAUCUCAUGGAGACACCCACGUGAUGUGCGACACGGAUGAGACAAAAAACAAAAAUUGCAUUGGGAGAGAAAACCUGUUAAACUUCCAUUUGGUGAAGCAAGUUAAGGAGGAGGGGAUCGAAAGGAUGAAGUUGUUAGGUCUGACCAUCUUGGAAGAGCAGUACAAACUGAAUGACGACAUAAACGAUAUUUUUCUCGAUUUGGACAAACUAUAUCAUAGCAAAAAUUUGUUCGAUAGUAAAUUAAAAGUCCUGAACAAAAUAAUCUUCCAGUUAGAAAAAAAUAUGCACCAUUUGGAAGACCCCCUAGUGCAGCAAAGAUGUAGGGAGCGGUUUUUCCUGCCACUGUACAGGAGCAAGCACUUUAGUUAUGCCUUCCCCGACGGAGGGGAUGCUUCGGCAGAAGCCUGUAUCGCGCUAAGUAAAAAGACCGUCAUUAGAGGGGCACCCAAUGGGGAUCAUCCAAAAAGCGGGGUCGCCUCGCGCAAUGCCAAUAAUGCCACCCAUAGCAAUGGUGCCAUCACUGUUGGCCCCUUGAGCGAGACUAACAACACUCCGCACAGAAAUAUCUCUGACACCGCAACGCGUGACGUACAUAAGAGCGCGGACGCCUGUGGAAGAACCAGGAGCGGCCACGGAAACGACCAGAAGGACAAGGACUUUGUGAAAAUAUGUGAUGCGUAUGAUAGGAAAUAUUUCAACCUAAUUUUUUUAAAGAGAAAAUGUUACCAUUUGGAGAAGUUGACUGUAUCUCCCGAAUUGGGGAAGCUACUCCAGUUGGAGAAGAGUCCUCCGUUGGCUGAGGUUCUGGGGCACCUGGAAUUGUUCUGUAAGACUUCCAAAAAUACGUGCUUUCAGAAGGUGUCUAAGGUGUACGAUGAUAUAUAUGACUAUUUGGAGAAGUACAUUGUUCAGCAGAAGUCGAGGGGAAGACUAGUUGUCUGCGGAAAUGAGGCGGCGGGGGUGAAAGCGAAUGACACGUCGGAUGACACAGCGGGUGACGCAGCUGGUGGGGUGGGGGACUCCUCCCUACAAGGUGAAUUUUGCAUGCUAGUCGAUUUUGUCCAAAGAAAUAAGUUCAUUUACAUAAAGAACAAACUAUGGAGGGGGAAGGAAGUGUUCUCCAUUAAGAAUACCAUCCCUUUUAACCUCUUCCUGUGUGAACUCCCAAAACUGUACAGAAUGAAGUACCCCAAUUUGGUAGAACUCAGUUGUGUUCAGGGAAAGCUGAAGCAUUCCAAUCUGGUUAGCAUCCUGAACAAAAUUGUCGCCAAACUGAGGAACAAAUUGGUUACCCCAGAUGAGAAACACCCUCACCUGAACGGGGAAAGAAAUGAAGCUGAGGAAGAAAAUGAACUAAAGGUGUACCUAUCAGGACUUCUAAAAAUAUCAUACAUCAACACGUUGAACUUAAUUGAUGUGUCAGUUUGUGAUUGGGUACCCCUGUGUAAAGAGGGAAAAGAGGAAAACUUACCGACGGGGGAGAAUGAAAAGGGUCCAAUUUUGGAAAAAAUGAAUCAAAUGGAUAAGAAAACAAAGCCUCAGUUGAAAUGUCCCUGCUUCGAUGGCCUCUACCUUCCAAAUAGCAAAUACCUCCUGGUGAGGAAGGAAAAUUUAACCUAUGUGAAUACCCCCCUAUUGUAUAGUAGCAGCUCACACAAAAGUAACGUCGUGCAUAGGGACGUGAAGGAGAACAUCAUUGAUUUGUUGAAUGUUCCUAAAACGGGGAAAAAAGAAAGUGUCGAACUGAAUAGAGGAACGCAGAAAAUUCAUAAAAGAGGUUCCAACCAAGGGGAACAGAAUAGUAUCAAAAAAGGGCCCAUAAAAAGUUUCCCACUGGGGGAAAACAAAACGAGGAGGGCUACCUUACAGAUAAGCACCAUUAGCAAGGCUAGAAGAAUCCAAGUGGGGAGAAAUCCACUAAUUGGUAUAAACAACCAGGAGGCGAAUAAAAAAAAAAUGACGUCCUACCUCAUAGAACAUAAGAAAAAGGAACAACUGACCAGUGAAAUAAAAAAAGAAAAAGGAAAAGAAAAAGCACCCACUGUUAAGAGAGAGCCAAAAUUGUUACUUCCACAAAAUGGAACCAAAAAAAGAGAGCUCCAGAAGGGGAAUGAACUCAAUGAUAAUAUCCUAUUUAGGGAAAUAAAAAACUUGAUCUACUUUCUAGACGACAUAGGAUGCUUGGACAUAAAAUUGAUUGCCGAUAAGAGGAAUUUCACCUCGGAUACACUUCCGAAGGUGUUUCUCAAAAGGACCUGCUUAUGUCUGUACAUUAAGGUCAAGAAGGAACAGUAUGAAAAUCUCCUAAUGAGAAAUGACGAACUAAAUGUCUAUGCCGAUGCUCACAAUGUAGUUCGUAACAAGGAAUACCUCAAUGGAGAGACGAACAACUUAGAGUCAUUAAAAUCGUGCAACGAAUUGAUCUGCUCCUACCUUUUUGAGAACCUUUCCGGCGUCCUGGAUUAUUUGCUAAUUCGGAAUGGGAGCUGCAUCUCCGAGUGGUGUUCACGGCCAAGCAAUGAGAUGGCGAACGGGAGGAGCACCGAGGAGGGGACCAAUAAGGAGUGCAGCCAUGAGCAGAGUUGGGCUAACCCAGAUGAGAGGAAUACCCCAGUGAAGGUAGUACCGAGGGGGAGUUCACCAGAAGUGGAAUUACCGAAUGGGACAAAAUCACCCGAUCGUCGGGAUCAACCAAGUUCCCCUAGCAAUCAGCGUGACAACCUUGGGCGAAGCACCAAGCGCGUGCCCCCAAAUGUAGAUGCACCAUCUCAGAGCCACAGAAGGGUCCUAUACAAAAAAAACCAUAUUCUCAGCAAAAAGGAUGAAGAACUAGCCAAAAAUAUAUUCUUUCACAACUACUUUCGACUCGAUGAGAAGAACAAAUGGGAGGAAAAUGGCUACCUUCGGAAGCAGUCCAAAAUUGCAAGUGCAAGCAGCAGAAAGGAGGUACCCCUGCGAGGAGAGAAAAAAUAUUAUGUACGACAGACAACCGAAAUUGGAAGCGGAGAAUACCCACUAGGAGGAAUUUCUAUCAGUGACGUGGAACAUGAUCCCAUAGAGCGAACUGAAAUGAAGAGAAGAUAUUCAGACGCGGGGGAGGACCAAAUUAUAUGCAUUCGCCUGUACAAUAAACAGAAGGUGUCCAUAUUAAAGAUGAUUGAAAGGGUCUUCUUGGAGUGCAAAAAAUAUAGUGAAAAGUUUUUCUUCUUCUCAAAAAAUCUUCUAAAAUUGGAUAUUAUAAAAAUAAAUGAAAAAGGGGGGCGGGCUGAAAAUGCCACAAACCUAGGGAUCUGCAUGUCUGACUAUCACUUGCAUCUGCGGGAAGAAUUUUACAACGCCGUGAAGAAGAAGCAAUUACACAAUUGGGGGCAGAAUAAAGGCCAACAUUUAUCCUCAGACGAAACGAAUUGCAACAAUUUGGAAAUAUUCCUUCAGUGCCAAAUAUACAACGGAAGUAAAUCGAGCAGAUGGAUCAUCGGGUUGUUGCACGACGUCCGCAUAGCCAUUUGUUUUGAACACUACCAAAUCUUCCGCAAACAUCUUCUGUUCCAAAAUUUCCACAUCGUCUCAAAUAUAGAUAACUUACCUAUGCAUAUAUGUUGCAACUUAUUCGACAAUAAUGGCUGCAAUUUGAAAAAGCUGAAAAAUGGGGAAAACCUGCAGGGGGUGCUAAGGAACAUCUCCAUUUUGUAUCAACAUUUUUUGAUGCUGGCCCACAGGAAUGCAGUAAAGAAAUUGUUGAAGCAGGAUCCGAAUAAGGUGCUGUACAAAUGUAAAGGGAAAUGGGUUAAAAGGAAGUUGGCGGAGAGGCACGUGGGCAGCGGGCUGGGUAUAAUGGGCCAGGUUAGCACAGUUAGCGCCGUUAGUGCCGUUAGCGCAGUCAGCCCAGUUAACGGCAUAGGAAGCCUUUGCAGCGCCGAUGUAAGCAGCAUGACUAGCAUGACCAGCGUACACACCAUGCGAACCAUGCACAGCGGGAAGGUAAGCAACAUGACCAGCAUGGCCAGCAUGACAAGCGACUGCCGGACGGACCAUCCGAAUGGUGAAAACGCGCGCAACACCCCUAAGGAGGGCAACGACAGCGUAACCCUAGACUACAUAUACAAAGUAGACAAAAGGGACAUCAAAAAUUUUAGCCAGAUAUAUCAAAUUUUUAAAACCAAGUAUCUUAAUUUUAUUCCCAAAAAAUAUGACAAGAAUGACUUCUUCUCUUCAGUUGUUAGGAAUGUUUUUUUAAAUUGCCCAGAACUUCAAAUUUUGCCUUGCUUAAAGAAGAAGGAAAAAAUUUACGCCCUCUACUGGUCUAGGAUGAACGAUUGCGUCAAUAUCUACCCCUUCUGCAAGUACUUGAACCAGAUCACUUUCUUCCUCCUCGAUUUGGGCCUCACCGUUCUGCUGCCUUACUACGAAAUUGACAACAUUGUGCAUAUGCACAAAAUGGUUAGCUCCAUGAGGGAGGCCGGCGGACUUAUCGGUUCGGAGAAAAAGCCCCUCACUAGGGAAUGUGGUGUCGAGGAGCUUACUGCAUACGUGAAGGAAAAGAAAGACGAUCAAGAUACCCUAAAAACGGGGACUCAUAACGAGAACAUAGCAGAACAGGUUCUUAACCUUACACCAUGUUACCUAAGAAAUAGAAUCAAGAAAUAUAUUUCCAUUUACCUCAAUUUUGUGAAGGAAUGUCUGAGUGAGAAGAACUUUUCCACGGUGAUUUAUUUUCUGGAUUACCUUUUCUCCGAUUUUAAGAAGCAUGAUGAAUUGUAUGACACAUUGGUGAAGGACAUAAAAUGCAUACCUCUCUUGGUCAUCCUGAAUUAUGGCACAUCGUAUUUGAAGAUGAAAUUGGAGGGAUUAUUACCUUCUGAGGGGGUCUUCUCUGGGGGGAGGUUUCCUGGCGGAGUGCCCCCUGGGGGGCUAUUCCCUGUGCAGAGUUCCCCCAUCAUUACCGGAAAGGAAAGGUUAACCGGGCAAGGGGAAGGAAUCUCCUGCGAGAGUAAUGAGGAGGAGAUAUUCAAGACCAACUGCGAUGAGGGAGUUAUAGACGGACACUAUUCUCACGAUGGGAAUCUUGACAUAAUUGGAGAUGAUCACAAUGAAGACGCUAAAACGUUGGAGUGCGACGAAAGCAUUGGGUUCUCCUUCCCUAAACAGAAUGAUCCCUGGAAGGAGGAAACAAAUCGCGUCGUCCCAAUAUGCACGGAUAACCUACUCAAAAUUAAGAACAGCAACUUCGACACGGAGGAAUUUUUCAAUUAUGAUUUCAUUCAUCUGAUUAAAUAUGAAGAAAAUAGAAAAAUUUACACAUCAAAAUAUUUUUAUCUUUUUGACUUAGACAGCGUCACGUUUAUAAACGUCCAUUUUUAUUCCGCAUCGAUUUUGUCUCUCCUCCUGGAGACUCAAAUUGUAGCGAAUCUGAGUUUUAGUAAUUUGUCCCAGGUGCUGAGGCAUAAUUUGUACCCCUCCAUUUUUCACCCUUGCUCUCCACUCGAUGGAGACGAUGGCACAGAUGAUGGAGUUGACAGCGACCAGGGCGAUGCUUUGGUGUGCUUCCGCGGGAAGGGGGAGGCAAUCCAUCCACGUCAGCAUACACAAUGCCACCUCAGAGGAGAAGAGUACCAACGCUCAAAUAACGCUCGCCUGUAUAACUGCAUACAAAUCGCCUACGACGCAAACGUCAUCAUUUAUAGCAGACUCCUCCUCGACAUGAUAAGUGAGCUUUGCAGUGAGCAGCCUUACAAGAGUGUCCUGCACACGCUGAACAAUUUCCGCCUUCUCAUCACAUUUGACGAGUCAUCACAGAAUGUAGAGAAGACGGACAACGCGGAGAAGGCGUAUAUGUAUGUGCACAGCUGGAACGAUAUAAAAAACAUUCUCAGCUUUAACUUCGGAGACACCCCCAUGGAGGCUACGUUAUAUUUAUUGGGCUACAAAAAAAUGCACCCCACCAUGUCAGAGAGUUCCAUCUUUACACAGUACUUAAUAAAUGACUAUGAAGAUGUUAUGAUAUCCUUAUGUCGAAAUGGGGACUAUCUGAACUGGUCCGCACUGAACAGGGAGGACAUGGAUUUUCUCCUGCUUGCUUUCCUUUCGACCAUCAAAUUUAAUAGUAAUAAUAUUUCUUAUCUUAAAGCGAUGCCCAUUUUUUAUUCUUUAAACUGUUCUACAUACAUCAAUUUGGCAGACAAAAAUAGGAGAUACAUUGUGGUGUGUACGAAUCAUCUGCAGUUGUUCUCGCGUGUACUGUCGCAACUACGUAUGCGUAGUAGCAACAGCGAGGGGGGGACUAACAUAGGAGUGAUGCUCAAGGAACCACACGUCAGUAGAGGCAGUAGAGGAAGUUAUAUGAAUACCUGUGGGGGGGGUACUACUAAUGGCGAAAAUGGGGCAACAAUUACAGAUUUGCGUCAAGGUAAUAAUAAAGAGGAAGGACAUCCUGCGCAAGGUGGCGCUGAUCAGGUGGAUGUCCUUUCGGAGGCCUCACCCCUGAAGAGAAGUACAAAAGGGAACCAUUUUUCCACAACGCGAAACAACGAAACGAGCACACCAAUGAAGUACACUUUCCUGCACCACUCCAACGUUAGCGUAAAGUACUGGAAACACAUCAACAUCGAAUGCUGGUACGGGUAUGAUAUCAUCGCUAAUUUCUUGUUACAAGUGAUACGAGAUUGCAGUGAUGUGGAUCUAUUUCACUACAUUGUGCUUUUUAUGUACAAGGAGUAUGAAGACAUGGUGGAAGAAAAAAACCAUCAAGCAAAAGUUAGGAGGAAAAAAUAUUCAGGCAACAUCCAUAACGUGUGUGACUCAAAUGAGGUGGACGGUUUGGAGAAUCGCUAUGGAGAAUUCCUCAUUAACAUUUUUGGAGGGAUGAAAGAAGUGCGAUUGAAGUUUAGGGGACAUGUACAAAUCGCUCAGCUUUAUAACGCUAACAGUGGCUUGUUUAGGGCAUUUAUAAAUGACAACAAAUUGUUCCAAUUUGUGCAUUUGACUAAUUUAAGAUAUGAAAAGGAGUUUCUGGAAAAGCUAAAUUUUCAUGUGAACCCUAGCAUGACGGAGUUAAAUAACUUCCUUUCCAUUUUAAUUAAUGUUGUAAAGAGAACAGCUAUCGAAGGCACUUCGGAUGUGGUCUCCAUUGAAGCCAUUUUUCACGAAAUAUGCGUAGAUAAUAGUAGAUACGACACAAAAUUUGAUCAAGAUAAUUUGCAUAACAAAAUGCACUCCUUGCUCCAAUACGCAGAAGACAACUUGGAGAUGCUGCUUAAAAAGAGGGACGAGAAUUUCGCCUAUUUAAUGGGCUCCCUAAUGGAGCUUUUACUGAAUAAUAAGCGAUUUGCAUCAACGGGAGGUGUGUAUAAAACGCUGGAAACUUAUUUCGUGCAAAAGGGCAAAGCGAGAAUGGGGUAUUUGAUAGAGGGGACGGGCGACAGGGGGAAAGGCGCCAUCGGGGGGGCACAAGAUGGAGAUACGCACAAGAAGGAGGAGAACGCGGAAGGAGAGAUGGGACAAGCGAUUGGAGCAGCGGUGGAAGAGGACGUGGAAGUAGCGAUGGAAUCAACGGUGGAAGAACAAAACUGUGCCCUGCGGAACCAGUGCAAUGCCGAGCCCAAUGAAGAGGAGAAGGAACUUUCCAAGCGAAGUAACGAAAGGGAGACGACGGAAGAAGCGGGAAUCCCCCCUAUCCAUGUACCAAAAGAGAGCACCCAACUUAAUAAGAGCAAAAGCCUAUGA